UAAAAACAAGUUGAAAAAACCACUUUUCUACAAUAAUACGAUAUCUGACCCUCGCGGUACAAAUACGCCUACCGGAAUCGUAGAACCGUCGGCGUACGGAAUUUCAUCUCCAGGGCUUGGACCUCAGAGUAGAAGAGUCCAGUGACGAUCGUCAUCAUAGCCAUCAGUGCGUUGUAGUUUGUUUGCUUUUUCUCAUUUUCUGAGAGAUCGGCCCAUCACCGGAAAUCGUCUCUUUUUCCGUUGGUCCGGGCCGGAAUUUUGCAAUGGAAGAGCCGCUGCUCCUCCAGAUUUCCCCGACGGAUGCUCGGGGAAGCCCCGGGAAGGAACAGCAAGCCGCCGGAGUGGGAAUCCUUCUGCAGAUCAUGAUGCUCGUUCUCUCCUUCGUCCUCGGCCACGUCCUCCGCCGCCAUCGGUUCUACUAUCUACCAGAAGCUAGUGCCUCACUUUUGAUCGGUCUAAUUGUAGGUGGCUUGGCUAACAUUUCAGAUACUGAAACAAGCAUUAGGGCAUGGUUUAACUUUCACGAGGAAUUUUUCUUCCUCUUUCUGUUGCCUCCUAUCAUAUUUCAGUCAGGAUUCAGUUUGUCUCCUAAACCGUUCUUUUCAAACUUUGGAGCAAUUGUGACAUUUGCCAUAUUCGGAACAUUUAUUGCUUCAAUGGUUACAGGUGUCUUGGUUUACAUUGGCGGAGUGAUUUUACUCAUGUACAAACUUCCUUUUCUUGAGUGUCUGAUGUUUGGGUCCCUUAUAUCAGCAACCGAUCCUGUCACUGUUCUGUCCAUAUUUCAGGAGCUUGGCACAGAUGUCAACCUUUAUGCAUUGGUGUUUGGUGAAUCUGUUUUAAAUGAUGCAAUGGCAAUUUCUCUAUACAGGACGAUGUCAUUAGUGAGAAGCAAUACCUCGUCUGGACAGAACUUUUUUAUGAUCAUUGUCCGAUUUAUAGAGACAUUUUUUGGAUCAAUGUCAGCAGGUGUUGGUGUUGGAUUCAUUUCAGCUCUGCUUUUCAAAUAUGCUGGAUUGGAUAUUGACAAUCUUCAGAACUUGGAGUGUUGUCUGUUUGUCCUUUUCCCAUAUUUCUCUUACAUGUUGGCGGAAGGUCUUGGUCUUUCUGGCAUUGUGUCUAUACUGUUCACUGGAAUUGUAAUGAAACGCUACACAUACUCAAAUUUGUCAGACAGUUCUCAGCGAUUUGUAUCUUCAUUUUUUCAUCUGAUAUCUUCCUUGGCUGAGACAUUUGUAUUUAUAUAUAUGGGAUUUGAUAUAGCAAUGGAACAACAUAGUUGGUCACAUGUUGGAUUUAUUUUCUUCUCAAUUCUAUUCAUUGGAAUUGCUAGGGCUGCAAAUGUGUUUGGCUGUGCUUAUCUGGUGAAUCUGGUAAGACCUGCAAAUCGAAAAAUACCACCAAAACAUCAGAAAGCACUCUGGUACAGUGGACUUCGAGGGGCUAUGGCUUUUGCCCUUGCUUUACAGUCAGUUCAUGAUCUCCCCGAAGGGCAUGGUCAGACAAUUUUCACUGCAACCACAGCAAUUAUUGUUUUGACGGUCUUGAUAAUUGGUGGAUCAACAGGUACUAUGUUGGAAGCUUUAGAUGUCGUUGGUGAUGAUUAUGACAGCUCCUUGGGGACCUUGGGUGAAAGAUUAGAGGGAAGUAAUGGCUAUAUUGCGCCUUCUUAUGAUGAGGAGCCAUCAUCUGGAAGUAGGUUCAAGAUGAAACUAAAAGAGUUCCACAAGAGCACUUCAUCAUUUACAGCAAUAGAUAGGAACUACCUAACUCCAUUCUUUACAACUCAAAAUGGUGAUGAGGAUGAACAAGAGGAGCUGUUCAGCAAUUCCAGAAGACCAAGAUAUAGCGGCCAUAGCUAAAAUUUUCAGCUGACAGGAACUCAGACACGCGCUCAUAACAAAAGAUUGAAACAACUUUGUAUAAAGUACCAAAAAAAAAAGAAAGGAGAAGAGAUACAUGAGAUCAGUGAUGGUUCAUGUUCAGAAUUUUAAUUCUUAUAUAAGGGGUAAAUACUUGUAGGUGUUGAUUCAUGAGAGCAAAGAGGGGUUAACACGUAAUGUAGUAAAAAUAUGUAGUGGGAUCUAUACAAUUAGGCUUUAUGAUGGAUUAUAUUGUUUGUAAAUGAUGCUUUAUUUGGGUGUCCUUCAUAUUAAAGUGCUGUUGAACUA